AUGAGAGAAGGCAGUGCGGGUGGAAGUGGAGGUGGAGGAGGAGGUGGGAGUGGAGGCGGAGGUGGAGGUGGAAGUUCAGGUGGAGGAGGAAGUGCAGGUGGAAGUGGAGGAGGAAGUGCAGGAGGAGGUGGCCAUGGUGCUGUUGGAGGUGGUAGCAGUAGCAGCGGUCACGGAAGUGGUGGCGAAAGCGGCAGUAGUGGUAGUGAAAGCGGCAGCGAAAGUGGUGGUGAAAGCAGCAGUACUAAAAGUGGUCAAAAAGGCAGCAGCGGUUGCACUGGUGUCUGCACCGUCGGGAGUCAUGGUAAUGCCACCCAUACCAAAAGUAACGGUGGGGGGAUCCUUAUUAACGACCGCAAGGGUAGUGCAUUAGCCAUGCUUUUAACCUUCAUUGCAUCUAAUGAAUUAAGUCGGGACUGGUUCGUUUGUUAA